AUGGAUCAAGUAUCGUCUAAAGUGAUACACGAUGUUAGUGGUCAGAAGAAACUUAUUAGUUUCAAUCCAAUCCAGGGCCGAAUCACAACUCAAACAGUCCGGGAUGAAGAAGAAUAUAUGGAGCAUCUGGGAAAAAUAAUACAACGGGAUUUUUUCCCCAGCCUUACCGCGAACGAAGAAAAGGGAGCUGAUGAUGAAUCCAGUGAGCUUAAAGAUAGAGGUGCCCUUCGCACCGAUUCUCAUAACCCUGAAAAGAGUGAUCCAACUGCUAUGUCUUUGGAUAAAUACAUGGCUAAUAACACCACGGAAGAUGAUGCAUCCUUCGCCGAACUAGUUGAAGAAAACGAAAAAAAGCAGAGAAUUAAACUGGCUCCUUUUUUCCCCUCUCUCCAGUGUUCUGCACCUGCACCUUUGGACGAUCCAAAAACCUUGGCUCUCCCUGGUGUUUCAAAUGCUGUUGUUGGACCUAGGAUCACAAUUACUGGGAACAAUGCUGUUCAUUUUAAUCCUGAUGGUGUAUCUCAAACCAGGGAGGAAUUGCUGGAAUUUUUGUCAAAGGAACGCAAAAUCGUACCAACUAAUACUCGCUUCAAGAGACCUUUUCCAGUAAAUCUGGAAAAAAAACGUACAAUGAAACAUUUACUUGCAGCAAAGCUGGGUCGUGUCGGUCUUAAUGGUUUAGAAAUGAACUCACCAUACGGAACUCCUCAGGCUUCUGGGUAUAAAUUUCUUGAUUCUUCCCCUUCACCAAUGACAAUGUUUCCUCACACACCUUUAAUGACUUGGGGUGAAUUGGAUUCGACACCGUUCCGACUAGAUGACAGCGAAACGACACCAUCAGUUGUAUCUGGUGGUCCAGCCUUUCGUAUCCCAUCUCCUUCUCAACGUGAACAGCUUGCCCACCAAUUAGCAGAUAAAGCAAGUCGUCAACGUGUGCGUGAUCGUUUGGAAGCAGUUAAAAGAAUGCAGUCAGCAGCAUCAAGUCCAUCACGGUCGCUACUCUCUCCUGCUGCUCUUCGUUUACUCGCUUCUAGCUCAUCGAUUAUAAAUAACGAACCAAACAGCCGACCUUCAACUGGCACUGCUCGUAUUGGUGGGCAGACAUGUUCUCCUCUUCCUAAAGUCAAUACUCCUCGGCGUGUUCCAUCUGAUUUGGGUGUUGUUAGACGUCCGAAUUCAGCACGUUCAACUCCUAAUUGCGAAUCGGUGAAACCGAACUCUACUCAUAAGAAAAUUCCUCUAGAACGUGGUGAUAUCCAGGUUGAUAAACCGGAAUCUUCUUCAUCAAUUACAGAUAACUUACUGAAUUUAAAAUGUCAAAAUUUGUGA